AUGCCACACAUAUCUUACAAAUCACCAACAUCUCGGGCCCGCAGCUCAGAGAGUCGUGAUGAAGGUGGCAACGGUUCUACUCAUGUACACCUGCCUCAUCUCCACUACACAUCUCCAACAACCCUCAACAUUCACAAAGAAUCCACAACCAACUCAAUUCACUCGUCUCUCUCUGUAGCAUCACCUCCUGCAACUGUGCCUCACGCUUUGCUUCAGGCCGACAACAAUUAUUCGUUACGUCCACAGAGUAACCGUGAAGGAAGUUUGAGUCCCUCACGUGGUGGUAAUAGUGGUAAUGGUGGUACUGGUCUAAGAUCAAUAGUACGCGACCGGGUCUUGUCACCACAGCCGCGCCAAGUGUCGCCGCCCACACGCAUGCUUUCGCCGAUGGCAAAAGUCGCAGCUGCCGCGCAGAUGGCUGCAGAAGAAGGUGAAACAACCAUAGGGUCGGAGACCAUGGGGGUUGGACGUGGCAUGACGUCGACGGCGUCACCGGGUGCAACAUCCCAGGUUGCAGCAUCACCGGGUGUAACGUCUCCCAAAGUGCGUCAAGGGUCUCCAUCAGCUGGAAAAUUGGAUGAAGGAAAUGGUGUACGUCGGAGAGCAAGCAAUCAUGUCAAGACUCCUUCGGAAUCCUCAACGGGGUCAUUGAAAUCUUCAGGCUCGUCGAAAUCUUCAGGGUCAUCGAAAUCAUUUGGAUCUUCCAAAUCUUUAGGCUCUAAACCAGCAACUACGGCUGCACAGCAGCAGUCUCGCAAACGGGUAAUUUUUGUCAAAGGACAAGAACCUGGUGACUCUUCCUUCUCCUCCACCACCACCACCACCACCACCAAUGGACCAUCAACAGGUGUCCCGUCUGCAGCUGCUACCGUAAAUAACAAAGCCAAUACUACUACCACUACUUCUCCUUCUAAGCGGUCUGCUGUUAAGAAGCGUGCACCGACAACUCAGCCCAAAAGUGUGCAGCACGAGCUGCCAGAUAUUCUGGUUUACCCAACAGACUCACCAUCGAGUGUGGAAAACAAAUUACAGGCACUGGCUGUUGCACUGGCACAGAUUGACGACGAUGUAGACGAUGAGGGGAUAAACAACAAGGUGAGUGACGUACAAGAUCCAACAUCUCGGCGGGGGAGUCUUGCGCAACACUUGGGAAUUCACAUUUCAUCCGACAUGGACACUGCGCGGGCAGCAGCCGCUGCCACCUCUGCUGCCACCUCCACUGCCACGGCCAAACGACCGUCUGUGGUGGAUCCGCAAGACGUUAACGAAACAGACACAACGAUUCUGGCAGCGCGGUACAGAGCAGAUACGUACCGCAAGCUCAAGGAGCAUUAUUUGGCGACGCAAGGACCUGAGGCACGCCAGGCAUAUGCUGCAUGGAAGGCCCGGGGAGAGAUUGCAGGGGAGCCUGGGGUUACAGUUUUGGAGCAAGAGCUGCUUGCUGUGGAAAACAAUUGCAAUGGGCAAAAUGGGUCAAACAUAAGGGACACAAUAGCAGCACAAGGAUAUGGGGAUGGGAGUGUGGACAAUGGAGGGCCCAUUGGGUUGAGUGUUUUGGUUGCAGCGGCUGGGGUAUCGAUACCUCGAGAGGGGAAUGAUGACGAGGCGGAGAGCGUUUUGGAGGCGGAAAAAACACGAGGGUAUCAGAGUCCUAAAGACACCCUUCGGGAUGCUAGUACGGUUGCAAGACGGGCAGAUAGCAUUGCGAGUUUGGGGGCAAUGGUAGUGCACCUGUCACACGUACGGACGGGCAUGGGACUUGCGCCAGAUUAUGAUUCUGAUGGAGAUGCUGAUCCACGGGAGAUUUUGGAGGUGGAGUCAGGAGACGAAGCAUGGGGUGUUGCAGCUGCAGAUUUGAGGGCGCGUGCAGAAGAUUGUGCAUGUUUGGUAAUUGGGCAGGCUCUUGGUGAUGAAGGUAAAGAAAAUGCGAAUAAAAAAGAAGAAGAAGAAGAAGAUGAUGAUGAUGAUGAUGGGAAGAAGAAGAAGGUGAAGGGAGAAUUUCAGAGUAAAACAACAACAGGAAUUGAUGGACCUGCGGAACGUCGGGCAGCUAUUCGGGCGUUGUUGGCAAACCGACGAGCCAAUAUGAGGGCGCGGUAUGGACCCAGGGCAGCAGCACAGCUGAUGGCAGCCGAUGAGGCUCGAGCUCGUGCUCGUGGGUCUUUUAAGCAGGAGCGGGACGAGGGAGAUAAUUUUGGUGGAGAGAAUAAAAAGAGAGAUGGAAGUACUACGAUGAGAGUUAAUAGAGGGAAUGAGAGUCAAAGUAUGAGCAUGAGUAUGAGUCUUGGUGGAAGUUUGAGGUCAUUUGGAAGUGUUUUGGGGAGACUUGUUGCAGGAGGGAUUGUUGUUUUAUUGGCAUGGUUGUUUGUUGUUUUACCUGAGCAGUGGCCGUACUAUGUAGGGGCUGUUAUAGUGCUUGGGGUUGUUAGUUAUUGA